AUGUAUUUUAAAGCAUUGAGGGAUACACCUCUUGUAAGGCCUGGCGUUGAUAUACAGGAGCCCUACUUGGAUACCGAUAACGAAUCUAGGUCUAUUCCAGCUUAUCUGAUUGUCUUUGUAUUUGCUCAGCUCUUUCAACUUGUCUUGGCUUGGGAUGCUGUUCGAGCGCAGAAUACCAUUGAAAUGAUCGCCAUUGUUAUUUUCAACUUGUGUUGUUUUGCCUAUUCGAUUUUUGAGAUCAGUCAGACAAAAACAUCGCUGGGAGACAGCUCCGCUUUUCUGGACCCUGCCUGGUCAGUGCAACAGCUGGUUGAUACACUUACACCACUUUUGAUCGUCGUUGUGGUCGUCAUUGGAAUCACUCAAUGCAUUGUCACAUGGUUGGCAUACCAAUUGUUCCAGGAAUUUGGAUGGAAGAUUUAUAAAAAGAUUGGAGCUGAUCCAAAUAUGAAAAGGAUGUAUCGUGCUUACCAGAUCUAUCUAGUAUUGAUCAAGGUCGAUCUGUUCUUUUUUGUCGGAUUUUCGAUUCAAUUUAUUUACUUGACUUUGACAAGGAGAGAAGCAGAUCCGGAAUAUUGGCUUACGAUCAUUGUCCUUCCUCUGACAAUCGUUAUCCUAUACAUCGCGGUUUAUGCAGUUCGACAUGAGAGUCGAAGAUGGAUGUCGAUCUUUAUAGUAUCGAUGCUUUGUGGUGUGGCAUAUUUUAUGUUCAAAGUGGUCAGGAUGUAUAUUGGUGACAAGAAGCAAAACUAUGUUGGAAUUAUCAACUUCUUGACGCUCUUUGCCACAUUAUGUUUAUUAACAAUCUUGACCACUAUCGCAAACGCUGCGGUUUGUUACCGCAAUUUUGGAAAAGGACUCAAAGCUCAAAUUAUCAAGGGAUCUCGGAGAACGUUGGAUUCAACUUCAUCAUCGGGUGAACGUACUUUGGUGCUUGACUAA